UUCUUCUUCCAAACAAUUUUCUCUCUCUCUUCUGGUUGACAGCUUGAGGGUUUGGGGUUAGGUGGUGCAUACAAAUAAACUACAAUCUCUCUUUUGGUUAGGUUUUUGAAUGCAAGGCAUGCCCAACUUAAUUUAUACACAUUCAUAUUAAGCUCUCCUUUUGACAGAAAAAAAGCAUAACAACACCAUUUUCCAAGCUAUUAUUUCUCACGAAUAUCUUCUCUGUUUUUCUCUCAACCAAAUUAAGAUGGGUGAGAACGCUGCCACAAAGAAUCACCACCACCACCAUCAAGUCUUUGACAUUUCCAUAGAUGUGCUUCCUCAGAAGGGCUCAAAAUGCUUUGACGACGAUAACCGUCUCAAACGAACCGGGAGUGUAUGGACUGCAAGUGCUCACAUAAUAACGGCUGUGAUUGGAUCUGGGGUGCUAUCCUUAGCCUGGGCCAUUGCUCAGCUGGGUUGGAUUGCCGGCCCUGCUGUCAUGUUCAUGUUCUCCUUCGUCAGUUACUACACUUCUUCAUUGCUAGCAGAUUGUUACCGCGCCGGUGACCCCGUCUCCGGCAAGAGGAACUACACUUACAUGGAGGCCGUCCGCUCCAUUCUUGGCGGAGCUAAGGUCAAGGCAUGUGGGUUCAUUCAGUAUCUCAAUCUUUUUGGAAUAGCCAUUGGAUACACCAUAGCAGCAUCUAUAAGCAUGAUGGCGAUCAAACGGUCGAAUUGUUUUCAUGAGAGUGGCGGGAAGAACCCAUGUCACAUGUCCAGCUAUCCGUACAUGAUCAUGUUUGGUGUGACGGAAAUUUUGUUUUCUCAAAUCCCAGACUUUGAUCAAAUAUGGUGGCUGUCAAUAGUGGCCGCUGUCAUGUCUUUUACCUACUCGUCAAUUGGUCUUGGACUGGGAAUUGCCAAAGUUGCAGCCACCGGAAGUUUUAGAGGGAGUCUCACCGGAAUAAGCAUUGGAAGUACAGUGACCCAAACCCAAAAGAUAUGGAGGAGUUUCCAGGCUCUAGGCGACAUAGCCUUUGCUUACUCAUUUUCUGUCAUCCUUAUUGAAAUUCAGGACACAAUAAAAUCCCCGCCAUCAGAAGCAAAGACAAUGAAGAAGGCGACCAUGCUUAGCGUUACUGUAACGACGUUAUUUUACAUGCUUUGUGGGUGCAUGGGGUACGCAGCUUUCGGCGAUCUUGCUCCCGGUAAUCUCCUCACAGGCUUCGGUUUCUACAACCCAUUUUGGCUUCUUGAUAUUGCUAAUGCCGCCAUAGUAAUCCACCUUGUGGGAGCAUACCAAGUUUACUGCCAACCAAUCUUUGCCUUCGUUGAGCAAAGGGCUUCACAAAGAUGGCCGGAAAGCGGAUUCAUCACCAAGGAAAUUGCAAUUCCGAUCCCAGGUUUUCGCCGGAUUAACCUAAACCUCUUCCGUCUGGUUUGGAGAACCAUGUUCGUGAUCUUAACCACCAUUAUAUCGAUGCUGCUUCCCUUCUUCAAUGAUGUUGUGGGAAUUCUUGGGGCCCUUGGGUUUUGGCCUUUGACAGUGUAUUUUCCGGUGGAGAUGUAUAUUGCACAGAAGAAGAUACCAAAAUGGAGCACUCGGUGGAUAUGCCUGCAGAUGCUGAGCCUUGCUUGCCUUGUAAUAUCAAUUGCAGCGGCUGCCGGUUCGAUUGCCGGUGUUAUGCUUGACCUGAAGGCCUACAAGUCCUUCAAGACCAGCUAUUGAUUCACUCUUGGGUUGUCUUUUGGAUUCACUCACCAUUGAACAAAAAGACAAAGACAUCAUAUUUCAGUUCCAUGUAAAUGAAACAACAUCAAGUUGUUGGUGU